AAAAGGAAACUUGAUGCGCCUCGGUGCAGGGCAGUCGGUUAUCAUUACAUGUUAAGGCGCCCAUAAUGCAUGUCAAAAUUUCAUUGCCCUCCUUAAAAUAGGGCUAGAUACAUUAUUUUAUGGAUGUUGUAAUUAAAAAAAAGAUGAGUGUUGUGUAACAUCUUUAUAUUUGACAUUUAUUAUGUAAACUACAAGAGAAGUAAAUUAUACUUGUCAGGAUAUUUACAAAAAAAACUUGAUCACAAAGUUUAGACUUUGUUUUUUUGUGGUGCAAGUUUUUGAAACAUUAAUUGAUUUACAGCUGAAAGUCAGUCAGUACUUCCUGGAAUAAUAUCGCAUAAGGAAUUUAAAAAUGUUGGAUAGAAAAACGAGUAACUAUGUGACGAUUUUUCACAGAAAUGAUGAAUAACGGUGGACAUCGCGGUUAUCCCGAGACGCUGGACAACCAUAGCCAACAUACACCUUUCCAGACCCCCGCUACGCAUGACUUCGGUGAGUGAGGACGAGAAUAAUGCUUAUUCGGACAUUAUUACGCAUGCUCCUGUCAGUUACUGUGGUUACAGCGCAUGCGCAGUUCAACUGCCCGGAAAUGGCACCACAGUGCACAUGUAGUAUGGAUUUUACUUGGUGGAAAAUUGAGAACGACUAUGUCAAUCUAAAGACAGUAAACUGUUCCAACAAUAGAUUGUCACAUAUUCCAGAUUUUUCCCAAAUGGAAAGCAAAACAUUCCAUAGACUUCUUUUAAAUAACAAUGCAGUCCGCGUGUUAAAGCGAGAAAGUUUUGCAAAUAUUACUGUAAAUGAAUUAGUGCUGAGAAAGAAUCCGGUCAAACAUAUUCAUAAUGAUGUUUUCCAAGAUCUUAAAGACUCACUGGAAGUAUUGGAUAUGGACAGCAGCAGAAUCAAAAUUGACACAGGACUACCAUUCCUGCAAGGACUUACAAAUCUGAAAGUUCUGGACUUAGGAUACAACCAGUUGAAAAACAAAUACAAAACAUUUCCGUCGGGUAUAUUUGCUGGUCUGGAUUUACUGUCACUACGGACGCUGACGUUGCAAGCUCUACAGAUGUCCAAUAUAGACUCUGGUGCGUUCACUGGUAUAGAACACUUAGAACAGUUGGACCUAUCGUUCAAUUUCUUAUACGAGUUUCCUACUGAACUUUUGAGUCUGAAAAAUCUGAAAGAUUUAAAACUUUAUUCAAAUGACAUAGAAUUUUUAAGAAAUAACACUUUUAAGGGUUUGCAAAACCUGCGUCAACUUCUCAUUGGUGUGAAUGAAAUUGAUACAAUAGAAGAUGGCGCAUUUAAUGAUCUUGAAAAUUCUAUAAAAGAGUUAAACUUUUACCACAAUCCACUUUACAAAGUUCCUUCCGAUGCUAUUAAUGGAUUAAAGAGUUUAACAAAGUUGAGUCUUGUGAAGACAAAUCUGGAAACAGUACCAAAUGGAACAUUUGAUGGUGAAUACCAGUUAACCGAACUUCAUCUGGAUCACAACCCAGGACUACAGUUUUCUGACGAAGGAAUGUUUUAUGGAAUAGAAGAUUCUCUGGAAACUUUAUUCAUACGGACAUUAAAUCUUACACAGUUACCAUUGAACGUUCUCCAACGAUUGUCGAAGCUGAAAUAUUUAGAUGCCUCCAACAAUGCGAUCAAACAGAUUGACAAAGAUUUCUUCAAAGGUCUUCAACUACAAAGCAUACAACUCAGCUGGAAUAAAAUUCGCAAUAUUGACCAUUUGGCUUUUACGGCCUUUGAGAAGGGUGUAGUUAUAAACCUGCACAACAACAAUUUACGUGAUCUGUCGUUCAUACUCGAACUGGACGAGUGUACAUUUGACGAGGUCCAUGUGACAGGAAAUAGUAUCAAAUGCGAUUGUGGCGUUGAAAAGGUGAUCAACAGCGGACUGGUCACGUGGGGAUUGACGGGUGAAUGCUAUGUUGAAGAAGACAAAGGUGUGAAAUGGAUAAACUUUCAAAAUCCUGGCCUUAUGGACCAUUUGUUAAAGUCUUGUCCAAAAACCAAGAGUUACGGAAACUGUCUUCAGUCUGAUUUUGUCUCUGGUACAGAUUGUAACCAAUUAUCGAGCAUAAUAGUGUUUUUGUUGAUAGGAAUUUCAGUUGCAUUAAAUAUAUGAGAUAUUAGCUCUAGAAAUCCUA